UCGAGGAAUCCACUGCACGCAGUGUGCUAGCAGCUAGAACAGGAAACUUGUUCGCAUGCAAAUGGCGGUCGUUCUUGUGUACCUCACCGUCAUCGCGGCGGCCCUGGCCUCGGCGUUCGGGGCGGAGCUCACCGCGGACUACUACAGCGAGACGUGCCCGCCCGCGCUGUCCACCAUCAAGCUCCUCGUCGGCGCGGCCAUCCUGAGGGAGCCCAGGAUGGGGGCGUCGCUGGUCCGCCUCCACUUCCACGACUGCUUCGUCAACGGCUGCGACGGCUCCAUCCUGCUGGAUGACACCGACGACACGAUCGGCGAGAAGACGGCCAAGCCCAACAACAACUCCGUCAGAGGGUACGACGUCAUCGACACCAUCAAGUCGGCGUUGAACACCGUCUGCUUGGGGAACGUCGUCUCCUGCGCGGACAUCGUGGCUGUAGCUGCUCGCGACUCCAUUGUCGCGCUGGGAGGCACCUCGUACGACGUGCUCCUGGGCCGGCGCGACGCGACGACGGCGAGCAUCGACGACGCCAACAACGACAUCCCGACCCCGUUCAUGGACCUGCCGGCGCUGCUGGCCAACUUCGAGUCCCACGGCCUCUCCCUGCACGACCUCGUGGUGCUCUCCGGCGGCCACACGCUGGGCUACUCCCGGUGCCUCUUCUACCGGAGCCGCCUCUACAACGAGACCGACACGCUGGACCCAGCCUACGCGGCGUCGCUGGACGAGCGGUGCCCGGCCUCCGGCGACGACGACGCGCUGUCGGCGCUGGACGACACCCCGACCACCGUGGACUCCGACUACUACCAGGGCCUCAUGCAGGGCCGUGCGCUGCUGCACUCGGAUCAGCAGCUGUACCAGGGCGGCGGCGGCGACGCCGACGACCUGGUGAAGUACUACGGCGAGAACCCCAGCAAGUUCUGGGAGGACUUCGGCGCGGCCAUGGUGAAGAUGGGCAACCUGAGCCCCCUCACCGGCGACGAAGGCGAGGUCAGGGAGAACUGCCGGGUCGUCAACCAGCAGUGAGUUGAUAUGUUGCUCGCUUGCAUCCGUGGUGGAACGAGACAGAGCAGCUUCCGUGUCAACAAGGGUUCAGAGAUGUUGCUGCCUGCACCUGCGCCUGCACCAGCUUCAGCAGCAAGAUUCUAUUCUGUAGUGUGUGUUUUGUACUGUACUGGCGUGCCUGCUUAAUUUUAAUUUGUGAGUUUUUUUCAUGUAUUUAAAAUGUUUUAGCCGAGAUGUUAGAAGCAGCAGUUAUUUACGACGUACGUA